GUCAAUGUGAACAGGCAGCCCUUGCACAUCUGUAGGGAUCCUGAGUCCCUGUCUCAUGGCUCCAGCGCGGCUUAGCCUUGGGGUCACAGUGCUUGUGCUCCUCUUACCUGCUCUAUCCAAUGGCCAGUUUUGGUCCUGGUUUACAGGGAGCAAAGAGACAACUGCGAGCCCCACAACUCAACGUGUAACUCCAGGAACAUCCUCAGUUCAUAGUACUGCUGUGCAGCAUCACUCACCUGAUGCCUCGCCAACCACAUUGCACCAUAUACCGGAUGCACUACCCUCAGCGGAAAGUACGUCAGCACCUGCAGUGCAUCAGCCACCUGAAGAAGAUAACCUGCCUGAGACAACACCCUCUCACCUAGAGGCAGCCUCUGUGCCAUCUUCAGAAAAACCCACACCUUUUACAGAACAGUCACCCACAGCAUCCUUCUCAGCCAUACUCAUUCCCAGCACAGUCAUCCUAACCACAGAGGGCAAGAAUGACAGUACUGAGACAGCAGGAGUGACCAGACCCCUCCAAACGACAGAGUCCCCUACUACUUCCAGGAGGCAGGAGGAAAAGCAAAUAUGGAACAUAUUCAGUGUGCAGAAAGGAAAGGAGAACGUAGCGCCUGGGACUUUGGCCACAACACCUGUAGCGAAGGAUGAAACCAGUGCACCUUCUGUGUCAGAGGUUCCAAUAUCUCAGAAGCCACAAAGUGAACAAAACAUUGCUGGUGUAGGGGCCGAGAUCUUAAAUGUAGCAGAAGGAAUUAGGAACUUUGUGCAUGGCUGGGAAGAUAACAUUGCCAACAGCACAAAGCAGACUCCUACUCCUGACACGGAGAUGGUGACUGUCACAACAGCCCCAAGCCUUACUGUAAAUGACACUGGCACCUUAAGCUACAACAAGACAGAACCAAGCGAGAACACUAUGGCAAACCAUACGGAAGGUCCGGUGUCCGAGCCCCAUAAACUGAUCUCAUCCCACAACAAGCCACUUCUACCAGACAACUUCAACCCAGAAGUUGGCCUCUUGCAGUUGAUUGGAGAACCUGUACCUGAACAGAUCACCAAGGUCUUUGGGCCCGACAAGACUCCCGCCUAUGUAUUUGGUAAAGAAGCCAAUACAGGCCAGGUGGCCCAAUACCAUCUGCCCAACCCUAUGUAUAGGGACUUCUCUCUCCUCUUCCAUGUCCAGCCAACCACAGACAAGGCCGGCAUCCUCUUUGCCAUCACAGAUGCCUCUCAGUCUAUUGUGUAUAUCGGGGUGAAGCUUUCUGAAGUCAAGGAUGGGAAGCAAGACAUCAUCUUCUACUAUACAGAGCCUGGCUCACAGGAUUCCUAUGUAGCUGCCACCUUCAAUGUCCCAUCACUGGUGAAUCGUUGGUCUCGCUUUGCAAUCAGUGUGGAGGAAGAAGAAGUUGUGCUGUUUAUGGAUUGUGAUGAGCUGGAAAGGGUGCGCUUCGAGAGAUCACCUGAUGAGAUGGAACUAGAAGAUGGCUCUGGGCUCUUUGUUGCUCAAGCAGGUGGCGCUGAUCCAGACAGAUAUCAGGGUGUAAUAGCAGAUCUAAAGAUCGUAGCCGAUCCAAGAGCCGCAGAACAUCAGUGUGAGGAGGAUGGAGAUGACUCUGAUGGGAUCUCUGGAGAUUUUGGCAGUGGCAUUGCGGACAAUGAUUUGGUGACUUCUCCUCCUGUGAUAAUCAAAGUGCAGCCUCCUAUAACUGUCCCUCCCAUACAGAGGACCCCUGUGGAGAAAGAGAUUGUUCAGACAGGUCAAGGCCAGCAAGGGGUAAAAGGAGAGAAGGGUGAUCGUGGAGAGAAGGGUGAGAGGGGACUGACUGGCCCUAAGGGAGACGGUGGGAAUGCAAGUCCAACUUCUGAUUCCAAAGGAGAAAAGGGUCAGAAAGGAGAGGUCGGAGUGAAGGGAAGUGCAGGCUUUGGCUAUCCCGGGCCUAAAGGGCAGAAAGGAGAUCCUGGAGACUUGGGACCAAGAGGACCACCAGGCCCACCUGGACCAUCUAUAUUACAGAAAAGUGAUGGAACUACAGUGCAACAGGUCACAGGACCUCCAGGUCCUCAAGGCCCUGCGGGACCACCAGGAAAAGAAGGGGAACCAGGUGACCCUGGUGAAGAUGGAAAAACUGGCGAGGUUGGUCCCCAAGGAUUUCCAGGGACCCCAGGAGAUUCUGGGCAGAAGGGAGACAAGGGUGAUUCUGGUGUUGGUAUCAGAGGUGCUCCUGGGCCACCAGGUCCGCCAGGCCCCCCUGGACCUUCUAGAACCGACAAGCUGACAUUCAUUGACAUGGAAGGUUCUGGAUAUGGUGGAGAUUCGGAGCACAUCAGGGGAGCCCCUGGUGUGCCUGGGCCCCCAGGUCCUCCAGGUGUACCAGGGUUACCCGGAGUACCCGGAACUUUUGGCAUGAACAACACAGGAUUGCCAGGUCCACCUGGAUUGCCAGGUCUUCCCGGAAAGGAAGGAAUUCCAGGUCCUCCUGGCCCCCCAGGACUCCCUGGAAAAGACGGGUUGUCUGGUACACCUGGUGCUGCUGGAUUACGGGGUGAAGAUGGAGAGAUUGGUCUUCCAGGUGCUCCUGGAACAAAGGGUAGCACUGGUGAGCCAGGACUACCUGGACCUCCUGGACAAUCUGGUUUAGCUGGACUUCCUGGACCAAUGGGACCACGCGGGCUGCCAGGUCCUCCAGGACCACCUGGGCCUGUGGGUCAUGGAUCUGCAAUUGGCUUUGAUGACAUGGAAGCCUCAGGGCUUGGAUUUGGCUUGAGAGAAGGGACACAGGGGGUGCCUGGACUUCCCGGGGCAAAGGGAGAGCCAGGACAUCCAGGGCUGCCAGGAGUGAAGGGAGAUAGUGGUUUUCCAGGCCUUGAAGGAAGGCCGGGGUUGGAUGGAUUCCCAGGUCCAGAGGGAUUAAAGGGUGAGAAAGGUGAACGUGGUGAGCGGGGAGAAUCUGGCCGUGAUGGUGUUGGUAUUCCAGGUCCACCGGGACCUCCUGGUCAGGUGCUUUAUUUACCAUCCGAUGACAAGACUAUUGUUGGUGCCAUUCCUGGACCAGAGGGCAGGCAAGGUGUAGCUGGACUUCCGGGCCCAAGGGGACCCAAAGGAGAGGCGGGCUUGAACGGUAUCCCAGGAACCUUUGGAGUAAAGGGAGAAAAGGGAGAGCCUGGAAUUAUUAUGGGACCAGAUAGCACCAUUUACACUGAUCUAUCUAAAGGAGAGAAGGGUGACGAAGGACCAAGGGGACCAGCAGGAGCUGCGGGACCAUUUGGACAAAAGGGAGAAAUCGGGUUCCCAGGACGCCCUGGACGUCCUGGUAUGAAUGGACUGAAAGGGGAGAAAGGAGAACCUAGUGGUGCAAGUGGUGGCUUUGGACUGAGGGGGCCACCUGGUCCUCCUGGCCCACCCGGUCCUCCUGGCAGUGUGGUGUAUGGAGAUCCAAAUAACCCAGGAGCCCAAGUAUAUCCAGGUCAUAAAGGGGAGAGAGGAUUUCCUGGACCCAAAGGUGAUGUUGGUCCUGCUGGCCCACCAGGCUCUUUCCCAUAUGAUUUAAGUACCUUUGCCUCGAUUUUAAGGAGAGAAGCUGGACUCAAAGGAGAGAAGGGCGAAUCUGGGGGUGGUUCCCAUGGACAGGGGAUCCCAGGGCCACCUGGAAACCCUGGAUAUCCAGGACUGCCGGGAGCUAAAGGAGACAGUGUUCAAGGUCCUCCAGGCCCAGCCGGCCCACCAGGACCUUCUGGAAUCGGUUAUGAAGGAAGGCAAGGUCCACCAGGGCCCCCAGGUCCUCCAGGCCUGCCAGGUUCCUCCUCUUAUCCUGGGCCUCACAGGCAAACCAUCAGCAUACCUGGACCUCCUGGCCCACCAGGCCCACCAGGGCUCCCAGGAACAUCAGGAGGAUUAUCUGGGGCUACUGUGCUACAGACCUAUCAGACUAUGAUCAACUUAGCCCACAGGCUGCAGGAAGGGACAAUUGUGCUGGUCCAGGAGAGGUCGGAACUGUAUGUGCGUGUGAGAGAAGGCUUCCGAAAAAUUCUUCUUGGUGAAUAUACAACAUCCUCUGGCCCUGGACAGGAUAAUGAAGUUGCUGCGGAGCAGGCCCCUGUAGUUCCAUAUCCACACCGUAACAAAGAUUCUGAUUACCUCCAGUCUACAGAGGAGAACAGCAACAAUCCAAAUGUGCCCUCAGGUGCCCGACCCUGGAGCGAUCCUCGGUUACCAGAACCACCAAGAGUAAACCCACCACCACCCCCAGACCAUCACCACCAUGGAAACCCUCGUCCAUUGGAACCAUCCCCAGUGCACACACACCAAGAGUUUAAUCCUGUGCUUCACCUUGUGGCCCUGAACACUCCACUGAGUGGCAGCAUGAAAUCCAUCCGCGGAGUGGACUUCCAGUGCUUUGAGCAAGCCCGUAAAGCUGGACUACAUGGCACAUUUAGAGCGUUUUUGUCUUCCCGACUUCAAGACCUGUACAGCAUUGUACGCAGAGCUGAUCGACAAUCUGUGCAAAUUGUUAAUCUUAGGGAUGAAGUGUUAUUUGACAACUGGGAGUCCCUGUUCUCUGGUUCUGAGGCUCAGAUGAGGCCUGGUGCGAGUAUCUUCUCUUUUGAUGGAAAAGAUGUUGCAACAGAUCCUACAUGGCCACAGAAGAUGGUUUGGCAUGGGUCUGACUCGAAGGGACGGCGGCUUACUGAAAGCUAUUGCGAGACCUGGCGCACAGAUGAAGGUGCAGUAACUGGUCAGGCAUCAUCGCUGACGAGCGGGAAACUCUUAGAACAGCGCCCACAGAGUUGCAACAAGAACUUCAUUGUUUUGUGUAUUGAGAACAGCUUCAUGACCAAUAACCGGAAGUAGAAGCACACAAGGAAGCUAGGGGGUGCUAAUCUUGACAGAGGCUGCACAUGGACUUUGUUUUUCUUUUGUCCAGAGACCAAAGAGUGUCUGAAGCUGCUCUCCCAUGAGCCUUUAUGUGCAGUUUUACUGUCCCAGCCUUCAUGGGGCAACAUCGCUUGGAUACACUGUGUGAGCAAUUCCCUGCCUCAGCUUGAAACCCUGUGGCAGCUCUAGUGUUACAUUCUCCAAAUUCAGACACUGAUCCCUUCCCUGGAAUGUGGAACUUCCAGAAUCCAUUCUUCACGAGAGCCUUUUGAUGCCGGCAUGGUGGGUGCAGAGCUCAUGGGUGCUCAUUGUCACUCACUUGGCGGCCUAAAAUAGGAAUAGUCUGUAUUUUAUUCUGUAAUAUUUAACCACUAUUAGUUACACAGACGCACACAUAUCACUACAUGUAUUUCUUUUGUCUGUUUCCUUAUACACUGAAACACCUGGUGGCAAAUACUUAAUAGACUGUAGUUUGUGUUUAUGAAUAGGAAAAGUGAAUUGAGCUUACCCUUAUGAGGUUUAGACCUAUUUGUACGACUGACUCCUUUCAGCAACUUGGCAUUAUAUCUAGGCACUCCCACGGGAUCUUCCUUUGUAAAUACCCGCUGCAAAGUGCACUCAGGCCUAACACAGCCUUGCUUAGCUACUUGGGAGGUUUCACUUUGGGUCUAUUUUCUAUGGGCUGUCUGUACAGAUUUUUCAUGUUAAAAUGCCAUUAACACCCUCACAAUUAGUUAUUAUUAACUAUAACAGAAGCUCCACCUCCGUUGCUACCCGGACACAACCAAGGCCUAAGGUCCCACUGCCACACGAGGAAUCCUUAGUUUACAAACAUUGGUCCCAACUGUUGAAGAUGAUUUGUACAGUUAGUGUCGUCAGAUUUUAAUAAAAAAAAAAUUCCAAAAUAUGUACAUUUUCCAGUAGCUAGAAUUCUUUUGGGGAUAGCAGAGGUGAUUUUUGAGACGAUAGAUCUUUAUUUGCACAGUAGAAACACCAACUGCAGCAAAUGCACAAUAACAAAUGCUGCUUUUAUUCUAAUUUGGUCCAGCAAUUAUAACGGAAGAACUAAUUAGCCCCACUGGUAGGUGGGCGUUUGGGGUGGGGUUAAUGAAGUAACAGGUACUAAGUUAGCUCCACAUCUAGUAGCCCUUGGCAGCAGCCAAUCAGCAGACAGCAUUAAAUGACCUGCUGUAUGAAAAGCAACAUCUAGUUGCUGUUUUACUACCUGGAUCAAAACUAUAUUACCCCAGGCUACUUACAUGUAUGUCUUUGCACUGCAGAUAGGAUGUAUGUAUUUGUCUGUGGCCUGUAGAAUUUGCAGGACCUGACUUCUUUCCCUUUGCUCCCGGGAUCAUGGUGUCAUAUUUGUACCUGUAUGGAAAUCUGCCAUGACCUUUGAGCGGAGGAAGAGCAAAGCUGGGGGAAGGCUACAGUCUUGAGUUUGGUUGGGUUGCCUUGUCCAUGCUGAGGUCAGCCAAUGAAUCCGAGCCUGGCACGCAGGUCCAUAGUAAUAAAUUGCCGUCAGUGAGGGAUAAAACUCCUUUCGACUUCUAAAGGUGCUAAAAAAAAAUCUUUUAUUUUUUUAAAUGCUUUUAGAUUAUUUUUAAACCAGGAAACAGAUGAAGUUUUCUACUGUAAUCUUUGUAUUUUUGAAACAAAUCAAACCUGUGGAUAUUUUACAUUCAUUGCUAUAAAUACUUCUAGGACUAA